AUGGAUGCAAGAUCGUCUUCAUCGCUUGUGAUUCUUCUGCUAGCAGCUAUCUUGGCUGCUUCUAGUCAUUCACAUGAAGCAGCAAUAUCCAAUUCCAAGGGAUCUUUUGAAGAUAACUUCAGCAUAAUGUGGUCUCAUGACCAUUUUUCUACCUCCAAAGAUGGACAGAUUUGGUAUCUCUCCUUGGACAACAACACAGGAUGUGGGUUUCAAACAAAGCAACGCUACAGAUUCGGGUGGUUCAGUAUGAAACUGAAGUUGGUAGGAGGUGACUCAGCUGGUGUCGUCACAGCUUAUUAUAUGUGCACGGAAAAUGGAGCAGGGCCAGAAAGAGACGAGCUUGAUUUUGAGUUCUUGGGAAACAGAACAGGGGAGCCAUAUUUGAUUCAGACCAAUGUGUACAAGAAUGGGACUGGUGGGCGUGAAAUGAGGCACAUGCUAUGGUUCGAUCCCACUGAGGACUUUCACACCUAUUCCAUUCUCUGGAACAAUCACCACAUAUUGUUUUGUGUGGACAGGGUUCCUAUAAGGGUGUUAAGAAACAAUGGAAAACCGAACAAUUUCUUCCCCAAUGAUAAGCCCAUGUACCUGUUCUCGAGCAUUUGGAAUGCGGACGACUGGGCCACAAGGGGUGGGCUCGAGAAGACAAAUUGGAAAUUAGGUCCGUUUGUGUCAUCCUAUAAGGACUUCAGUGUGGAUGCUUGCCAAUGGGAAGACCCAUAUCCUGAAUGUGUUUCAACCACAACCAAAAAUUGGUGGGAUCAAUAUGCUGCUUGGCACCUCUCAGAUGAUCAGAAAAUGGAUUAUGCUUGGGUUCAGAGGAACCUUGUCAUCUAUGACUACUGCAAGGAUUCUCAGCGGUAUUCAACUGUUCCAGAGGAGUGUUCAUUGAGCCCGUGGGCCUAA